AUGGCAGUUCCAAAAGCUCACUACUCUCUAGCCAUCCUUGUCAUUCUCUUUGUCGUUUCAAAUUGCCAAAAUGCCUGCAAUCCAGAAUGCAAGGCUAAAGAACCCUUCAACUGCGAUAAUUCUCUUACCUUCAACCGAACUGGAUUUCCAAAGAACUUUACUUUCGGUGCAGCUACUUCCGCGUACCAGAUUGAGGGUGCUGCACAUAGAGCCCUUAAUGGAUGGGACUACUACACUCAUAGAUAUCCAGAAAGGGUUCCAGAUCGCAGCUCCGGAGACGUUGCUUGUGAUUCGUAUGAUCUUUACAAGGAGGAUGUCAAAUUACUGAAAAGAUUGAAAGUUCAAGCAUACCGACUCUCCAUAGCCUGGUCAAGGGUCUUACCAAAGGGAAGACUGACUGGAGGAGUGGACGAGAACGGGAUAGCAUACUACAACAAUCUCAUUAACGAGUUAAAAGCUAAUGGCAUAGAGCCAUUUGUGACUAUAUUUCAUUGGGAUGUUCCCCAAACUCUAGAAGACGAGUACGGAGGCUUCUUAAGCCCGCGUAUAGUAGAGGACUUCAAGAACUAUGCGGAGCUUCUAUUCCAAAGAUUCGGAGACAGAGUCAAGUUUUGGAUCACUCUAAACCAGCCUUACUCUCUCUCAUCCAAAGGUUAUGGAGAUGGAUCAUAUCCACCGGGAAGGUGCACUGGCUGUGAAUUUGGAGGUGAUUCUGGAACCGAACCUUAUAUAGUCACGCAUCACCAACUUCUAGCCCAUGCAGAAGCUGUAUCUUUAUACCGAAAAAGAUAUCAGAAAUUUCAAGGUGGUAAGAUAGGAACGACCUUGAUCGGGAGAUGGUUUGCCCCGCUAAACGAAACUAGCGAUCUCGACCAGGCUGCUGCAAGACGAGCAUUCCAAUUCUUCGUUGGAUGGUUCUUGGAUCCAUUGGUGUACGGAGAAUAUCCAACGAUAAUGAGAGAACUCGUUGGAGACAGAUUGCCAAAAUUCACACCGCAAGAAUCAGAUUUAGUUAAGGGAUCACUUGAUUUUCUAGGGCUGAACUAUUAUGUUACACAAUAUGCAAGCGACGCAUCUCCUCCUCCUCAGACACACCCUAGCGUCUUAACCGAUCCACGAGUUACUCUUGGAUAUUAUCGCAAUGGAGUACCUAUCGGUGUUGAGUCUCCAAGCUUUGUCUACUAUCCUCCAGGGUUUCGUCAGAUUCUAAAUCAUAUCAAAGACAACUACCAAAACCCACUUACCUACAUCACCGAAAACGGAGUUGCUGAUUAUGGAAACUUAACGGUAUCAAAUGCUCUUGCCGAUAACGGACGAAUUCAAAAUCAUUGCAGCCAUCUUUCAUGUCUCAAAUGCUCCAUCGAGGAUGGUUGCAACGUAGCAGGUUAUUUUGCUUGGUCAUUGAUGGACAAUUAUGAAUUUGGAAAUGGUUACACUCUCCGGUUUGGUAUGAAUUGGGUCAAUUUCACUAAUCCUGCUGAUCGAAGAGAAAAAGAUUCUGGGAAAUGGUAUUCUAGGUUCGUCGCAAAAUAAGGGGAAUUGAUAGACAAAAAUCAACCCCAUAUGUAUCCAACCUUUAAUCCACUAAGUACUGGACAAUAUAAAUUAUGUUCUUCAACUUAUAAAAGCUUAUGUGCUGUGUGUUGUUAAUAAUGUUGUAAUAAUUGGACCUUAACUCUUGGCCAAAUCAUAAAUAUAUAAAAACAUUUAUAUGACGUGCGUUGUACUUAUAGCUUGUACUUUGUUUUAUUUACCUUUCCCAAGCAUAACAUCUCAUCAUCUAGGACAUGCAUGCUCUCUUUUUUUGUUUUGGUAAAAACUACGAGAUGCUCUUAUUUGAUCAUUACCACUUUUUUUUAACAAAAUAGCCAAACCAAGGAUAUGCUGUCUAAUUUAAGUGCCAAAUCAUAUCAUUUUGUGUUAUUUUACUCCUCUCGUUUAUUUUCAAUUUCUAGAAAAUGUUAUUUUACCCGACCACAGAAACGCCACACAUAGCUUCUCUAUUAUUUCCAGACAUGAAAUAUGGAGGUGAAACAGUGUACCAAAAUUUUGUCAUGCUAAUAAUAAUUGAUUGUAUAAGAUGCAUCCGUCCUGAAAUACUAGCGACUAGUAAGUUUCUUCAUGCUUCUUAUUGCAAUUGGGAGUCCUAAAUAUCUGAGCGGGAGUUAGUCAAUAAGAAUUUCAAGUGAGGUUGCUAUUUCUGGCAUGAAGAUCAUUAUGUGUCUUCCCAGCCAUGUGUAUAAAAUAUUUUAUUCAUGCUUAUGGCUAAAUUAACCCCAAACACUUGUGAAGAAACAUUUUCAAAGAGAAGACGGCAUCCUUCUAUGAGGCAGUCUAAUUGUUUAAAACUUUCAUUUAUAUAUAUAUGUGUAUAUAUAAAUGUUUUUUUAUAGAUUUCAGCCGACCAAAUUAAUGAACUUUCAUUUCACCUAUUCAAACUAAUACAUAUAUAUUAUAUGUGGUAUAUCAUAUGAGAAUUUAUUAUAACAUAUAUUGUGCAAAUUAUUCUUAUAGCACAUUAGUUUAAAUAAUAAGUAAAAUUAUCUAAAAUUUAUUCAACCUAUUUAUACGUGAUAUUAAGUUUUAAAGCUAUUUUGAAUACACUAUUGAUUUUAGCUUAUAUCAAAUCAAUAAUUUACUCAAUUAUUUAUCAUUCGACUGCUAUGUAUAUGCAAAAACAAUAGUUAUUAAAUAUUGUGUUCCAAAAAAAAGACGAUUAAAUAUAAACCUGAACAAUUUUUUUCCUAAUGUAAUUGUAUACCUUGAUCGAUGAUUAAAAUAGAUGGUGCAAAAUUUUGAAAUUUACUUUCAAAAUAAUCAAAAUUAAGUUUACAUUUGAAUUAACUUAUUCCUAUUGAAACUUACUUUAAAACAAAACUAACUUCAACAUAAUACGAGCAAUAAACUUGAUUUAGGUAUUUAUAUACUAUAAAACCAGAAUAUCAUGUUCGUAGAUGUUAUAAUAAUAGUUAAACGUUAAUUAUACUAAUACAGUCCCUUAGAAUAGGGUUUGAAGUUUUGUAUUCGACAAAUCAUAUUUUGCUUAGGAAACAAAGAUUGGGGCAUUAAUUAUGAGUAGUAUACAUUACACUAACGUAACCUGAAUCAGAACUUCGUUAAGAAAUCUUGUAAAUCGAAUUGCACAAUAGAUGAUACGUAGUCUUAGAUCCGAUUAAAAAAUUACAAUAUUAACUAUAGCUAAGAAACAUAUAUCCUGAAGCAUACAGAGCCGGCCCUUGCCAUAAGCCAAUGAAGCAUUGGCUUCCGGCCUUAUUAUUAUUACAUAUAAUAUCAGCCACAAAAUCCACAAAAGUAACUUUAGUCCAUUGGUUAAAUGGUUCUAUCCUCUGUGAGAGGUUAAGGGUUCAAUCCCAACCAGCCACAUUAUUAUUUUUGGCUUGUAGCCUCAACAAAACAAGGACCGGUUCUGGAAGCAUAUAUCUACAGGUACAUAUCUUGUGGAGCUCUGUAUGCGUAUUAUACACAUAAGAGAAAUAUGAUGAGCAUGCCGUAGAACUCCAUUAGUUAUCUAUUUGUUUAUUAGGGAUAUGUUAUUAUUUUUAUUAGAAAACAAGACAGCGUGAGGUGGAGAACAUGCAUGCAAGAUCAAAUUGAAGUCAUAUAUAUUUACGUAACAAGUUUACUUGAACCCCAUGCAAGUCCCAUGCACUCAAACCCUUCUAUAUAAACCCCUCCAAGUUCAUCAUCCAGUCAUAAUCAAAUUAGCCAUUACACAAACUACAAAGUCUCUCAACCAUGGCAGUUCCAAAAGCUCACUACUCUCUAGCCAUCCUUGUCAUUCUCUUUGUCGUUUCAAAUUGCCAAAAUGCCUGCAAUCCAGAAUGCAAGGCUAAAGAACCCUUCAACUGCGAUAAUUCUCUUACCUUCAACCGAACUGGAUUUCCAAAGAACUUUACUUUCGGUGCAGCUACUUCCGCGUACCAGGUAUAAAUUUAUAUAUCUUCCUCAUGACCGUUCUUGGGCAUACUGUUUUCUUAUUUUUGUAGAUAAAAGAAUAUUUUCAAAAA